UAUGUGGUUUUAUAUUCGGGGUAUAGAUAGUGGGGAUGAGUGAGAGUUGGGUUUUUAGGGUUUACAUUGAGCAGCCACACCUUCCGCAGCAACCAUGGUUCUCAAAACUGAACUAUGCCGAUUCAGUGGUGCUAAGAUCUACCCUGGAAGAGGCAUCAGGUUUGUUCGUGGUGAUUCUCAGGUCUUCCUGUUUGCAAACUCAAAAUGUAAGAGGUAUUUCCACAACCGUUUGAAGCCAUCAAAGCUUACCUGGACAGCAAUGUACCGGAAGCAACACAAAAAGGACAUUGCUCAAGAAGCCGUGAAAAAAAGGAGACGUGCUACCAAGAAGCCUUACUCUAGGUCCAUUGUUGGUGCCACUUUGGAAGUUAUCCAGAAAAAGAGAACUGAGAAGCCUGAAGUUCGUGACGCAGCUAGAGAAGCUGCUCUUCGUGAAAUUAAAGAGAGGAUCAAAAAAACAAAGGACGAGAAGAAGGCUAAGAAAGCAGAAGUAGCUAAGUCGCAAAAAGCAAAAUCGACAGGUAUCUCGAAGGGUGCUAUGCCCAAAGGUCCCAAACUCGGUGGCGGAGGGGGCAAGCGCUGAGUUUACUUUUCUUCCUAUUUUUGGCCCCUAUUUUAAUAGAGUUGUUUUGAAACUUCUGUAUUGAUAUUUUAUUUGCAUGAUUAAUCUUGUAUUUUACUGUUUUAUUAAACUUGUGUUUGGAACUUCAGAAGGUACCUGGUUAUUGAAUGGAUUUUGCCACCUGUGCUAGUUUAUUUGUUACUA